GUUUACCGUUCGUCUGCGUGGACUCAGAGAUGUGUUCACACCGGCACAACUCCGGCAAAUCGCCACGACCAUGCCGCCAUGUUGUUUGAAUAACUGGGUGUUUCCUCUUCCUGUAGAGAGUGUACGGGAGGCGGUGGGCCGGAGGAUAAAGGUCACACUCAAACAGAGGGUUCAGCUGGAGGUGAGAGGUGACAAGGUGGAGAACAGAGUCCUGGCCCUGGCGUCACACAGAGCCUUCCUGCUGACCGCCCGCAUCCCGUCCAAGGUGGAACACUCCUUAAACUACCUGGACAUCCAGGGGGUCAGUAGCAGCAAGCCCACUCAGAUGGUGUUGGAGUAUGACCGUGGUCAGUGGAGUCUGAGGUUCGGCUCAAUGGAGGAGCUGGACGAGGUGCUGGCUCACAUCGGAAGUUGCGUGCACCGGAUCUGCCCCACUGCUGGGCCGGUGAAGGUGAUGAGGAGGUUAAGUCUGAAGCCUUCAGAGCGGAUGGUGGCGCUUCAGUCUUUGUGGGAUGAACAGAGUUCUGCGGAUGUGGGACCCUGCGGUGGUUUCUCUCAUCAGUACUGGUGUGUGUGUGACCAGCUCGCUCUUCCGUACAGAGAGGAGGUCCAGUGGGAUGUGGACACCAUCUAUCUCACACAGGACAGCAGAGAGCUCAACCUUCAGGAUUUCAUUCAUCUAGAGAAUCGGGAUCUGUUGGCCAUCAUCGCCGUCCUGGAGUACAACCAGUGGUUUACCAAACUCUCCACCAAAGACUACAAACUGUCAGCAGAUGUGUGUGACCAGAUACUGAGGGUGGUGUCGCGCUCCAGUCAACUGGAGGAGCUUCUGCUGGACAACACUGGACUCAAAAGUGACUUUGCUCAGAAACUGGCCACUGCUUUGUCACACAACCCAGCCUCCGCCCUGCACACCCUCAACCUGGCCAACAACUCACUGGAGGACAAGGGUGUGUCCGCUCUGAGUGUCCAGUUAGCCAAACUGCCCAUGGGCCUCAAACACCUGAACCUGUCCCGGACCUCCAUAUCUCCCAAAGGUGUAAACAGUCUGUGUCAGGCUCUCUGUGUUAACCCUGUCGUCUCCUCUACCCUCACACAUCUGGACCUAUCUGGAAACUCCCUGAAAGGGGACGACCUGCCUAACCUUCACAGUUUUCUGGGCCAGCCAAACUGUCUGGAGACUCUGGAUCUGUCCAACAGCGACUGUUCUCUGGACCAGGUGUGUGCCUCUCUGCUGAAGGGGUCUCUAAAACAUCUGUCAGUCCUCAACAUGUCCAAGACCGUCUUCCCUCACAGGAAGAGUAAGGACAUCCCUGUGUCCUUCAAGCAGUUCUUCAGCAGCGCUCUGUCGCUAAGUUCUGUCAGCCUGUCGGGAACCAGGCUGCCUCUGGAGGCGCUCAAGGCUUUGUUACUGGGCCUCGGCUGUAACCCGAACCUUGGCGAGGUGUCUCUGGAUCUCAGCUGCUGUGAUCUGCGUUCCGGAGGCUCUCAGAUCCUGGAGGGUUGCAUUGCAGAGAUCCCCAACAUCUCCAAUCUGGACAUCUCCGAUAACGGUCUGGAUAUGGAUCUGACCACCCUGCUGGUUUGGCUGGCCAAGAACCGCUCCAUCCGACACCUGUCGCUGGGCAAGAACUUCAACAACAUCAAGUCCAAGAACGUGUCCCAGGUCCUGGACAAUCUGGUCCACAUGAUCCAGGAGCAGGAUUCACCGCUGACCUCGCUGUCUCUGGCCGACUCCAGGCUGAAGGCCGACCUGUCGAUCAUCCUGAAUGCUCUGGGCAGCAACACCUCCCUCACCAAACUGGACAUUAGUGGGAACGCCAUGGGAGACAUGGGAGCCAAGAUGCUGUCGAAAGCCCUGCAGAUCAACACAAAACUCAGGACAGUGAUUUGGGACAGGAACAACAUCAGUCCUCAGGGUCUGCAGGACGUGGCGGCCGCUCUGGAGAAGAACUACACCAUUCGUUUCAUGCCCAUUCCCAUCAUGGACGCCGCUCAGGCGCUGAAAGCCAGCCCCGACAAGACGGAGGACGCCCUGCUGAAGAUGGAACGGUUCCUUCUGAGGAACCACGAGACCCGUAAAUACCUGCAGGAACAGGCCUACAGACUGCAGCAGGGGAUAGUGACCACAACUACACAACAGAUGAUGGAUAGGAUGUGUGUGAAGGUCCAGGACCAUCUGAACUCUCUGAAGUUCAAUGAGACCGACUCAGUCCAGGAAGAUAUGAAGGCGGCACAGAACCUCAUGAAGGACGCCAGGAACUCCAAGACGCUUCUCCCCAACCUGUACCACCUGAAGAGCGGGGCCUCCAAGGGCUCCUGUGUCGGGGCCAUCCAGGACAAACUGGAGAGUAUGGCCGGGGAGGUGGCCCGCGUCAUGGAAGAACAACUGCAGGUGUUGCUCCACUCCAUGGUGGACUCCGCUGAAUCGUUGUGCCCUCAUGUGAUGAAGAGGAGCAGCCUUCGUCAGGAGCUGCUGAGGACCAGUGCAGGGAGGAUGACUAUCCCAUGCAGCUUCAUCACCACCACACUGCUGGAACAGUCCGGGAUUGACAUCAUCAACAAGAUCAGUGAGGUGCAGUUGAGUAUGGCCUCGUUUCUGUCGGACCGCAUCGUAGACGAAAUCCUGGAGUCUCUGUCCAGAUCACAACAUACUCUGGCAGAGCAUCUGAUCAGGAAGGGUCAGCCUCUGCUGCAUCAGGAGCCUCCAAUGGAGACGGAGGUUCUGGAUGAGACGGUUCUCCAGCUGGAGAUGCCGGAGAAGCAGACGGCGCCGGACCAAAACCAUGACCUGGACCAUCAGCUGGAUGAGAUGGACUCCUGCAUGAUGACCCCUAGAUCCAAGAGGAAAAGUAUUCUGGUCCGGAUGCUUCGGCCAGUCUCUGUGGCCUUUGAGAUGGAGUUUGACUUGGAUAAAGCGCUGGAGGAGGUGCCAAUCCAUGUCGAAGACCCGCCUCCUCUCCCUCAUCCUCCACAGCCAGUGGGCAGAAAGUCAGCCUACCUGGAAGACGUGCCUCGUCCCGCUCCCCCAUUGGACACAGCGCCUGUCUGUUUUGGGGAACUUCCCACUGUGGAGGCUAAGAAGCUUGUCCAUCACACCAAGCUCCGCCCCAAACCCAAGAAGAGGACCAAACCCAGCCGCUCACCCCUGGAAGUGACCGGCAGCUCAGCGCCUCAGGAUUCAGAGCAGAACAGCAUUAUGGGUCCACUGGACGAGGGCUUGGACGAGUUCUUCUCCAAGAGAGUCAUUAAACUCAGCUUCAAACGUCCGGCAGUGAGGAGCUCCUCCUCGGGCACGCCGGAGACCACUGAGAAGAAAAAGGAGUCGAGGAAAAGCGGCUUCUUCAACCUCAUCAAGUCGCGGACCUCCCGCUCUGAGAAGAGCCAAGGAGCUGUUUCUAUCACACCUCCUCCUCCUGCCUCCUCCAACAGUGCUCCACCCACUGCCUUGGCCACCGCAGCAACAGAGGAGUCACUGCUGACGUCUCCGCGGCCAGCCAUGAAAAGUCCCGCCCCCACGAUGGAACCUCACCAGGAGCUCCCCAGUGAGCUGUUUCAGGACCACAAGGAUUUCCCCACCGAACAUGCCAAUCCGGGCGGCACCUCCUCAACCACAAAUAAAACUGAACCCGCUGAGGAGGAGGAACAGGAGGAGAAGGAGGAGAGGAAGGAAAACCCCCAUGUGCCCCGCCAUUUUGGGGUCCCUAUCAUGGGCAUGGAUCUGCUGGCUGAGAUGAAGGCCAUGCAGGAGAAAAUGGCCGCCCAGAAGAGCGAGCCGAGCUCCUCGACGGACAAGGUGGACGACGAACACGCCAAGCAGGAGGUUCUUUCCAGUGACUCGGUGGACGGCGUUGAGUCCAGACCGGAACCGACUCCCAGGUCCAAACCCCCCGGUGUCAGCCCCAGACCCCCCCCUCCCCUUGGCACCAAGCUUCCGCUGGGCCCCCGCACCUCCGGGCCCCUCAGCCCCACCAGCCCAUUAGUUCCCAGACUGAGCAGCAGCUCCGGAUCUGAGGAAUGCGUGGAGGGUCUGGCAGGCAGCGGGGCUUCUAAGGGGCCACUUCCUGCUCCCCGCCUGAAGAGGGCGCUCUCUGAUCAGGAGAGCGAGACCAGCGGCACCGCAGGAAGCACGUCUCUGGACGCCGAGGUGUUCGGGGAUGUCGUUUUGUCCGACACGUCCUGCGGCGGCAACACGUCGGCCGUCUCCAGCAGGCGGCACUCGUCUCUGAAGAGCUCGCCCACCGUCGCCACAGAGGACGAGCAAGGACGCACCAAGUCCCUUCCCGCUCAUGUGAGGCUUCCAUCUCUGGCAGAUCCACAGUCCGGUCCAGAAGAGAAGGAGAGUCCAGCGUCUGAUUUGAAAUGUGAAGAGAAGUCUCUGGAUGGCUCCAGUGAGGAUGUGCAUCUAGUUUGAUAGACUAGUAAACACAGACUAGAAUCUGUCCAGUACCGCGUCCUCUGUCAGCCAUGUUGGUUUGAUAUCCUGCCUCAUGUCUGGAUGGUCUUUCAGAGUCUCAUGUUUCUGGUGCCGGCUGUGGAUGUUGUGGACUUUUGGUUGUUUUAAAUCAGAUGUUUUUGGUCCUGACUGACUCUGACCUGCCAGAACCAACACACACACACAUACACACACACACCUGAUAAAACAUGAGUGUAUCGUGGAUAUUCACCAUUCACACUGAGUCUUAUGUGUCACUGCAACCACAGACAUGAGCUGCUGCUCAGAACUAUAACUUACGAGAUCUCACGGACAAAUUAAGGGCAUUUUAUAAGAGUGGUGGACCACAGUCCUCUCAUAUCCUAUUCACAUAGACAGCAGUCAGACUUACACCUGUCUGAGUCCAACUGGGUUCAGCUGUACUAAACCAGUACAGCUGGUCAGUACUGAUAAAUGCUUUGGCUAAAAACACCCAUGAAAACAUGUUCUGUAGUUAAACAGUUUUUAUUUUUAAACUUCAGACAAAUGUCUGUCUGUCUGUCUGGUCAACCUGACAUCAGGAUGACUCCAUGUUGUCUGUGUUGACAGUUGUAAUGGAGGUGUGAGACAGACAGUGGGUGUCUGGUUGUUUGCAAAUCUUCAUUCCCAGCUAUAAAACGAUAAAGAAGUCAGAAUCACUGUGGGGAAAGAAACGGAGUGUCUUUCCUUUCUUUUGUUAAGACCAGACAGACGACAUGACGUCAGUUUGAGUCUGGUCAGAAGGUUACCUGGUCAGUUAAAGGGUUAGCUAGUCGUUUAAUGAGAACUUCAUGGUUAGCGGGCAGAAAAAAUGACCCUCUUCCUUGAAAUCCCACGAGAGGUCCAUCCAUUCCUCUCUCUCACAUUUUUUUCCCAGAAUGCAUAUUUCAAGAUUUAAUUUAUUGUCAUUUCCAUUAUGUACCUGCCUACAUAAAAACAAAAUGCUGUUUCUCCCAGCCCACAGCAGUGCGACAGAAAAGAUAAAAAUAUAAAUCUAAAACUUCCCUAAAAACACUAAAAACCUAUAAAAACAGAGAGAACAAAACAAAAAAGCAUGAACAGUUAACAACACAGUCCAUUCAAGUGAGAUUUUAGUUCAGUGUUGACAGCUGGUAUCUGUC